AUUAAAAAGGAAUUAAGGUCACAGGAUAAGAUUCAAUUACAAGAGGUUGAUUUUAGAUCAACCUAUUAUUCUUAAAAAAAAAAGACUGUAAAAAAAAACUUUUAGAGAUUAACACAAAUAAAAGUCUGGAGAUCACCAUAUCAACCGAAGAUGCUAGUUACAAGACAAUUGGUGCGAUUGAAUCAUGUGAAACAGGUAGGUGCGACAUCUUCGCGGAUGUUCCUGGUGCUGAGAUCACUGGCAGUAACAAUCUCUGAAGAGGUCAAACAAGCACUUGAAGAUAAGCAAAAACCCGUGGUAUCCCUUGAAUCAACCAUCAUAACUCAUGGAUUACCAUAUCCGGAAAACCUUUCGAUGGCUAGACGUGUAGAGUCUGUUAUCAGAGAGAAUGGAGCAAUUCCUGCCACUUGUGCGUUCAUCAAGGGACAACCAUUGGUCGGGUUGGAUGAAUCACAAUUGGAACAUUUGGCCCAUACCACGUCUCCAAAGCCAAAUAAGGUAUCUCGUAGAGAUAUUGGAUACACCAUGAGUACCAAGCAAAACGGUGGAACCACCAUUGCUCUGACCAUGAUCCUUUCUGAAAUGGCAGGGAUCAAAGUCUUCGCCACUGGUGGACUUGGUGGUGUCCAUCGGGAUGGUCAAAACACUUUGGAUGUAUCGGCUGAUUUAACAGAAUUGGGUCGUACCCCGGUAUCGGUGGUGUGUGCUGGCCCUAAAUCCAUAUUAGACAUUGGACUCACAUUGGAGUAUCUUGAAACUCAAGGGGUUUUCGUGGGGACCUACAACGAUGAUGGACGUGAGAACAUUCAAGUUCCUGGGUUCUAUACGAGAGAUUCUGGAUUCCAAUCUCCAUAUUCAUUUUCUUCAUUUGAACAAGCUGCAUCCAUCAUUCAUAACCAAAAUAAUAUCAUGGGGUUGAAAUCUGGUCAAAUUUUCUGUAUCCCACCAUCAAGAGAAACUGCAUUGCCCUCUGAAUUGAUGCAGAGAGUCAUCGCUGCUGCCAAUGAAGAGGCCAUUAAACUUGGAAUCCAGGGGAAGGAACUCACUCCGUUCUUGUUGAGCAAGAUUGCCCAGGAGACAAAGGGACAAUCAGUUCACAGUAAUAUUGAAUUGGUUCUUAAUAAUGCUCGUAGUGCUUCUCAAAUAGCUAAGGAGCUUCUCUCAUUGGAAACAAAUAGAGCUAGCUCUCAAUUCCAACCAAGUACCAACAUCAAGAAGAGGAAAAUGGAUGAAGGGGUAAAGAAAGUGGAUGAGAAAAAACAGGACACUACGUCUGUACUGGAUAUUCCAACUCCACUGGUUGUAAACACAAUUGUAGUUGGAUCCCUUGCACUUGAUUCAAUUUGUAAAAUAUCAUCAAAUGUGAUUAUGAAUGAUUCUAAUCCAGGUACAAUUCUGUCUUCUGUUGGCGGGGUGGGAUUCAAUGUUGCCAAAGCUUGUUCAUUGGCAUUGAAGUCUCCAUCUUGUUCCAACGGUACUAGUCGUUUGGUAUCGAUAGUUUCCAACGACAUGGCUGGCCAUACCAUCAUUGGUCAACUCAAAAAGCUAGGGAUUGAUACCUCAGGAAUCUUAGUGGACACCACUUCUGGAUGUUCGACCGCACAAUAUACUUCAACUCAUGCAAACAAUGGAGACUUAAUCAUUGCUUGUGCCGAUAUGAAGAUUGCAGAAUAUGAUGGGUUAGCUCAACAUGUACUUUCAGAAAUUAAACGAGGUUCACCAAGACAAAUCGUGGUGGAUUGCAAUGUAUCAUCCAGUACACUCUCCACGAUUUUCGAUUACGUUCGUGAAAGUAACCUUGAAUGUAACGUCAUUGUAGAGCCCACAUCUUCACCCAAGAGUAAAAGAAUCUCCUUGUGUCAUUCAAGGAAUUUAAGGCCAUUCCCCAACAAUUCAGUUCUGUUAAUCACCCCUACUGUUGGUGAAUUGGAUGCCAUCCACUCGGCGCUUGCCGAACGGGAACUCUUCGAUGAUUACGACCAUUGGUUCCCACUCUUGGACUCACUUGGAAUUGAUUCUACAUUUAGAGAAAAACUCUCCAUUUCCAAACAUCCUGUGUUGAAGAAUGGCUUGGAAUUGGGGUACUUACAACAGGCGUUUCUGGUUUUACCCUACAUCCCCAAUAUUCUUCUUAAAUUGGGCGAACAAGGGGUGUUAUCCAUGAGUAUAUCCACGAAUGUGGAGGAUUACAAGUCAAUCCCCACCACUUCUGUUUACAGUCCGGAAUUCACCAUCGUUACAUCCACGGGGAGGUCUUACACUGCUGAUAAUGGGUCUCAACAAAAGAUGGGGUUGGUCAUCCAAUAUUUCCCCAUCCCACCAGAAAAUGGAAAUAUAACCAUUGAAAACGUUACCGGAGCCGGUGAUUCCUUCUUGGGAUACUUAAUGGCCAGAAUGCUGACAGCAAACACCCACCUCGUAGAGGGAACUUGGUUGACCUCAGAAGUGGGCAGUGUAGAACGGGAAUGGUUCAAAUGGGAAUCCAUACACAAGGCCCAACUUGCAAGUGGGAAAUCACUCCAAUCAUUGGCUGCAAUUAGUGAAGAUAUUGCAACCAUUGAAUAA